GCUCCGCGAUGGAGUGCAAAAAGUGAGCCCUGCGCCCCUGCCCCCUGCCCCUGCUAUCUCGCCACCUCCUAUCCAUCUCCUAUCAUCGCUCUGGUACUCUGGUUGUUGCUACGGUGGUUGUGUGGUUGGUUUGGUUGGUGCGAAGCUGGGGCUGGGAUUCCUAUCUCCCGUUUCGCGUGGCUAUCUGGUGAAAGUACAUGAGAAGGGGUUUAACGCCAACGUUUCAGGUAUCCGAUCAGCAGCAAUGAUCGCCGUAUCGAGGUGGCGUUUCUCGGGAUAGCAAGCCACGUGAAAUAUGUUAUCUGUGUGAUUUGAGUGCCGCUCCUUUCUCAACAGUCGAGACUGUGCAUCAUGAAUUCGUCUAGCGCUAGGAAAGGCACCUUCAAAGUGAACACACUGCGGGAGAUAGAAGCCGAAGUACAGACAAGAUGGGAAAAGGAGAAAGUAUUCGAAGAAAACGCUCUCGGUUCACAUCCCGGAGCAGACGACAAGUUUUUCGUCACCUUUCCGUACCCAUACGUGAACGGCCGGCUUCAUCUUGGUCACACGUUUUCUCUGUCAAAGUGCGAAUUUGCUGUCGGAUUUCAACGCAUGCUGGGUAAGAAGUGUUUGUUCCCGUUCGGCUUUCACUGCACUGGUAUGCCGAUCAAGGCCUGUGCUGACAAACUUGCGCGAGAAAUCGAACAGUACGGCAACCCACCCACGUUUCCCGAAGAGACGGAGCACGAUACGAAUGUGACCGAGACAACUACGGAUAAAGCUGAAGCUUUACUAAAGAGCAAAGCGAAAGGCAAGAAAAGCAAGGCAGCAGCCAAGACAGUAGCAGCAAAGUAUCAGUGGCAAAUAAUGGCAUCCCUUGGAAUCCCCGAAAACGAGAUUGCAAACUUUGCAGAUGCAGCUUACUGGUUGGGUUACUUCCCUCCCGUUGUUCAAGAUGAUCUCAUGAAGAUGGGUUUGAAAGUAGAUUGGAGGAGAUCCUUCAUCACAACAGACGCCAACCCAUUCUAUGACUCUUUCAUCCGCUGGCAGUUCCUGCGUCUGAAGGAACGCGACAAGAUCAAGUUUGGAAAACGAUAUACGAUUUUCUCUCCCAAGGACAAUCAACCGUGCAUGGAUCACGACAGAAGCACAGGCGAAGGCGUGGGACCGCAAGAGUACACCCUCAUCAAGAUGAAGGCUAUUGAACCAUUUCCCGAGAAGUUUAAGAGCCUUUCCGGGAGAAAUGUUUUCCUCAUUGCUGCUACCCUACGACCUGAAACUAUGUAUGGUCAAACCAACUGCUGGGUUCGUCCCGACAUGAACUAUGUCGCUUUUGAGCUGGCAAACGGGGAUGUCUUCGUUUCCACUUUGCGUGCUGCGCUUAACAUGAGUUACCAAGGCUUCACGAAAGAAAAUGGAAAGGUGGACGUUUUACUUAACCUCACUGGACAAGACAUCAUGGGUUUGCCAUUAAGAUCUCCGCUUACGUCUUACAGUGUCAUCUACACUCUCCCAAUGCUGACAAUAAAGGAAGAUAAAGGUACCGGUAUUGUGACAAGUGUGCCAUCAGAUGCACCGGAUGACUUUGCAGCUCUUCGAGACUUGAAACAGAAGGAAGCCCUGAGGCUGAAAUUUGGUGUACAAGAUUCUAUGGUCUUGCCCUUUGACCCAGUUCCAAUCAUCGAUGUUCCCAGCUUUGGAUCUUGCAGUGCAGUCGCUGUGUGUGACCAAUUGAAAAUUCAGAGCCAGAAUGACAGAGAUAAAUUGCAGGAAGCAAAGGAGAGAGUAUAUAUGAAGGGGUUUUACGAAGGUGUGUUGCUUGUUGGCCCGUACAAAGGAAAUAAAAUCCAAGACGUCAAGAAACAGAUACAAAAAGAGAUGAUUGACAAGCAAGAAGCAGUGAUCUACAUGGAGCCAGAGAAGAAAGUUAUGUCCCGAUCUGGAGACGAAUGCGUCGUUGCUCUCUGUGACCAGUGGUACCUGGAUUACGGAAAUCCGGAAUGGAAGAGAAUGGCACGAGCUGCUCUCUCUAGAAUGGAAACAUAUUCUGAUGAAGUCAGAAAAAACUUUGAAGCAACACUGGACUGGUUGUGUGAACAUGCUUGCUCGCGAACCUACGGCCUCGGAACUAAACUGCCUUGGGAUGAGUCUUGGCUCAUUGAGUCUCUUUCGGAUUCCACUAUCUACAUGGCUUACUAUACCAUUGCACAUUUCUUGCAAGAUGGGGACAUUACGGGAUAUUCUCCGAGGACACGUUUCGGGUACAAGCCAGAAGACAUGACGCCGGAAGUUUGGGACUACAUCUUCUUAAACAAGAACAACUUACCAGCCGACUCAAAGGUAAAGCAGGAGGACCUGGACAUCAUUAGACGGGAGUUUGAAUACUGGUACCCGAUGGACCUACGUUGCUCCGGGAAAGACCUUAUUCCAAAUCAUCUUUCGUAUUGUAUCUUCACUCACUGUGCUAUGUGGCCUGAUGAACCGGACAAGUGGGUCAAGGGUAUGAGAGCAAACGGACACCUUCUUCUCAAUUCGGAAAAAAUGUCCAAGUCCACCGGUAACUUCUUAACCUUAGCAGACGCUCUGGAGAAGUUUUCUGCGGACGGCAUGCGGUUGGCGCUUGCAGACGCGGGCGAUGGUGUAGAAGAUGCAAACUUCGUCGAGACUAUGGCAGAUGCAGGAAUUUUGAGACUGUAUGCCUUUCUUGAAUGGGUCAAAGAAAUGAUUGUAGGGAGUGAUGCCUUGCGCACGGGGCCGCCCAACAGUUACGUCGACAAAGUCUUCCUCAACGACAUGGACCACUACAUCAAUGAGACGUACGAGAACUACAGACAGAUGAUGUUCAAGGAAGCUCUUCGGACUGGUUUCUUUGAGUUCCAAGCAGCGAGAGAUAAGUACAGAGAGCUGUGCGGUGCCAAUGGAAUGCAUCGAGACCUCGUGUUCCGUUUCAUUGAGGCUCAAAUCUUAAUCUUGAGCCCAAUUUGUCCCCACAUAUGUGAGCACGUUUGGUCCCUGCUCGGUAAAGAAGGAAGCAUCAUGAAGGCAAGAUGGCCACAGACGGGAGAAGUGGACGAAACUCUCUUGAAGUCAUCCCAAUAUCUAAUGGACACAGUGCAUGACUUCCGCAUUAGACUAAAGCAAUUCCACACAGCAGCAAGUAAGGGGAAGAAGAAGGAAGAAAUUGCUUCCCGAUCAAAAGCAUCGGAUAGCAUUCUCCAGGGAACCGUUUGGAUUGCAAAGACAUAUCCACCAUGGCAGGCAACGGUUCUUACAACACUUCAGGCGCUUCACCGCAGACACAGAGGUCUCCCCGACAACAAAGUCAUCUCAGCAGAGCUGAAGGACAAUGCUGAGUUGAAGAAGUACAUGAAGAGAGUGAUGCCAUUUGCGCAAGCCCUGCGGGAGAAAGUAGAAGAGCGUGGCAUCGUAGCGCUUAAUACCACUCUAGACUUUGACGAGAAGUACGUUCUGGAGGAGAACAUGCGCUACUUACUGAAUACUCUGGAGCUAGAUGCAAUUGAGCUGAAGUACAAUCACGAAGCGUCAGAGAAAAUCAAGGAAGAGUGUUCUCCUGGUCAACCAUACAUCGUGUUCAGCCAUGCACAAUCUGCUCACCUUCGUUGCAUCAACCCACAGCCAUGCAACGGGCACUUUGAGUUACUUGUCCCAGUUUUGGAUGGUGAUACUCUUGAGAAGGUGAUCUCGCGCAUGGCAAAACAGCAUUCCCCACUGCUGGCAAACAAGGAUAAUGUCACCCUGUUGCGAUAUGAAGAUUCACUAAUGGGCCCGAGAAAGCUACCAGCAUUCGAUAAACCAGAAUAUGGCAAGACAGCUAUACCGCCGGAGGCAUGUUUUCAUAUCAAGCAAGACACGGGGGAUCUGGAAGUCAGUACAAACGGGAAAAAGAUAAACAUUGGAAAGCAAAUUGCUUACGUCGUGCAUUGAGUCAUAGAACUUGGAGCUGUAGCGUUUUACACAUUUUAGGCAUGGUUAUUAAAAUGGGGAGAGUUACUCA